AUGUCCUCUUAUCCGCGACCACCAAACUUCAUUAUAUUUGGCGAGAUGGGCGUUGGCAAGAGCUCGUUGGUAAACCUCAUUGCUGGGAACCAAGUUGCCGACUCCUCGUCUGGUGCACAAUCUUGCACACUCGAAUCAACGGAGUAUCCAAUCACAUUUUCGGAUUCCCGGCUUAAUGUAAAUCUAUUUGAUACGGUGGGCUUGGAUAGCCCCUCUAUGAACAACGCGGGGUAUUUAGAUGCCCUAGUGAAGGCUCAUGAGCUUAUCGUCUCGCUCAAGAACCGAGGAGGUGUACAUGGCUUGCUUUUCUGCAUCAAGGCUGGCCGAGUGUCGAACACUAUACAGCAGAACUAUAGGUUGUUCUUUGAGUUCCUGUGCCAUGAACAGGUGCCCCUUGCCCUGGUCAUUACCAACCUUGAGAACGAGGCGAACAUGGAUGACUGGUGGACGGCGAACAAAGCACAUAUCGAAAAAUCCGGCAUUGUUCCCGUUACGCAUGUCUGCAUCACAACCAUCAAGGGCUACAAAAACGCAUACGAAGCCAGAUACUUUGAAUCCAGAGCGAAGGUGCUCAAUAUGCUCAGGGAACUUGGAAGUCAUGAUGCAUGCUCGGUGGACGUGGGUAGUUGGUUUGCGCGGAUGUGCAAGAAGCUGCGGGAGUUCUUGGUUCCGGCCAAGGGGUUGGGGAGGAGUCGUCAGAAGAUGUUGCAGAUGCUCACAAAGCGUUGCCAGCUGCGCAAGGAAGAUGCAGUACAACUUCUCCAAAGGAUUGACGCGGACGACGAGAAACUGGGAACUUGA